AUGUUUUGGCUGCAGAUCUUCGGCCGGCUUGCUGGCGCCUCCGCAGUGGGGAGCGCGCUGUGCAGCCCGUGGCCUUCUGCUGCUGCUGCAGCGAAGCAAAUAAUUUCGAAAGAAAUGAAAAGUGGAGAAAAGAGAAAAAGAAAUUGGAGUGUGAAGGAGUGGCUGCAGCUUUCGACUCCUUCUUUGCUGCUGCGGCGGCCGCCGGGGGCUGCAUCAAAAGGCGCGCAGCAGCAGCAGCCGUGGGAGCUGCUGUUUGCUGCAGAUGGACAGAAAACUGCCAAGCAGCAAGGCCUCACUUUGCUGCAGUUCGCCCAUUUGCUGCCGCAGCAAACUUUCAAAUGGCCCACAACUCUCAACACUGGCCAGGCCCCGUUGACAGCUCGUUUCGUGCCUGUUGCAAACAAAAGCUUUCUCAGCACCUGCAGGCGAAUGCGCAGCAGCGCCAAAAGGCACCUCAAAGAUAUGCAAAAGUUCACUUGGAAAGAAAUAAAUGAAUUUGUGCAAAAGGAAACAAUUUGCAAACACGCAAUUGGUACUUCCCCACGCCUUUCACAUCCCCUCCUCUCGUCUUUGCAUCGUGGCCGCUGCUCCCAGCAGCUGCAGCAACAGCCGCAGCAACAACUGCAGCAUCUGCAGCAACAACUGCAGCAGCUGCAGCAACAACUGCAGCAGCUGCAGCAGUCUUGCUGUGCGUGUUCUUCAGAAUGCGUUUUUCGCUCCUUCUGUUCUCAAGCCGGCGCGGACUCAGAGCAGCUGCACAAGGAAGAUGUGCUGCGGUGCAUUUGGAAGCUGGCCCCCGUAGACGGGCUAAUAGAGUGGGAGCAGUUUCUUUAUUUUCUAGAAGAGGCCCCGGGGGAGGGUCUGGGGGAAAGUGUAGACUGA